GGUCGCGUGAACUCUAUACGGUUCCGGUCAAUGCAGAAUCCCGAGGAGCUUGUAGACUUUCCCUCAGUGUUGUCAGUGACGAUCGCCGCCUUGUGCGCGCCCGAGCAAACUGGCGAACGCGUGCCUCUUCACGCAACCCAGCUCUAUCACCCAAGCUCUGCGACCCAGGCGCCAGACAUAUACGUAGAGAUGGAGACGGCAUCACCACCUAUGACACCAACGCGACAGUGGUCAUCACCGUACGAGACUUCGCCGACGAACUCAUUUCGCGAACACCUGCGCCGAAGAACGAGCAGUUUCUCCUCCAAUCGCGACCGAAGUCCAACCACCCAGCGAAGCAAACACAGGUUUUCGAACGCGUCACAGUACUCGUACUCCAACGACAUACCGACGGCUGGAGAUGAGGGAAGCGGCGGCAACGAACUGGGUAAUCUGGCCGAUGAAUUGGACCAGCUGGACGAUGAGGAGGACUACGAUGAUGGUCCCUCAGAGGAAGCGAUUGAACGACCACGAGAGAGCGAGAAGGAACCUCGCGACUCCGGUAUAGAUGUCAGCUACAACUCCAGAAAGAGCUCUCCACUCAUGCGGAAUUUCUCGAAACCUUUUGGGUCGACGGACAAGCCUCCCGACACCAUCACUGCAACAGAUCAGCAGGCGGCGAUGGAAGACAGACUGUCGCCGGACCUGGAAGACGCGAUCAACAGUAUUGCGAGGAUGACUUCUUAUACUUCCACUUCCGAGGACCCGCUGGUGCCACGGACAAUGGCUCUUUUACAGGACUUGGGCAACCAAGCAGGCUUGGAAGCGAGCGUGCAAAGGUUGGCUACGAGUACGAACAGUAUGACGUCCCACUUGCUGGCGCAGGCGAAGGGUUUGCAAGCCCUCAGCUCCAAUCUGUACCCGCCUUUGCUCGCGUUCUCCGCAAGCCUGAAUACUGAGGCUGUGGAAGAAGCGAUACCGUCCAUCAAUAACCUACUCCAGGAUCUCCCGUUACCAGAUUCAGCGCCGCUCCAAGGACUACAGAAGCUGUCACGCGAGACAAGCAACGUCAUACAAACGCUUGGUCAGCUUAUUGACACGUUACAAAUGGGAAAACAGAUCACCAAUUCCGCCUCCCGGUGCCUGCGCACCACGCAGACAAUGGUGGUUGACCUAAGGCUAGAACGAGAGAAGGCGGAUCUGGCGCGUCAUGAGCUCGCGAAAAGCAAUGUUGAGAAGCGACUGCGCGAGCGAACCUGCGCGGCCGAGUGCCAGGACGUGAUGGCGGGCUUUGAAGAGGUGUGUGAUGCAUUGAGAGCGAGCUUGGAGCAGGAUAUUUGAGGCAUGAUGCGGCUUAGGCGACGAAUAUGCUAGUGAUACCCCUUGUAUAUGCUAAUUGUGUGCGAAGCAACAUGCUCCAUACCAGCUAUGGUCCUGUGAAAGUGCGUCAGCCUGUUGGGACUAUGAGGCAGUUGACCGUUGUCAGCAAGAGUUGAUGUGCAGGACGAUAUAGUCCUGCUUCGUCACUCCUCCGUUGCAACGCGCUGCUCGCUUUACAGUGUACAC